CUGUCAUGGCGGCAAACUCUUAUCAUUCGUCGGUUCUCAGUGUUCUGUAAUGUAAAUAAUGCAGAAGAAAUGAAUAUCUACAUACACUGAACAUGGUAGUUUUAACAACACAAUUAAGUUGAUAAAAUUCUUCUUUUCCGCCACUGCAUUCAUCAUUGAAGUUCAAAAUGGCGAUGGAAAAAUUGUACACCAUCCGUGAUACCCACACACGAUCCAUCACUGCAAUCGGCUAUAAUCCAGGUCGGAGAGAGAUUCUGAUAGGAUGUGAAGACGGUGUGAUAAAGACAUACGAAGCAGAGGGAGGAAAACUUGUUAUGGUCAUUACAGAACACAAAGGAUGGGUCACUGACUUCCUGUACUGGCCUGAUUGUAAACUGAUGUUGUCUGCGGCUAAUGAUGGUUACAUUCUCGCCUGGUCAUCAGGAGGAGGGGUGUCAGACCGGAUACCUAUCGGUAUGCCUGUGUAUUGUAUGGCCAUCAACCCGCGUAGACAUCAGCUUGUUUGUGGAGUAAACGGUGGCAUACGUGUGUACGCCCUCGACGAAAACCGAGACUCUGGUCAUGUUAUUAAUAAUGAUGUGUUGUUUGUCGCCUGUGAACACAAAGAUAUCGUCCGAUGUAUCAUUUGUAACGAGUCACGCAUUUACUCUGCUGGGUAUGAUCACAGAUUAGUCAUCUACGAUUCCUCGUACACUGGAGAUAACAGCCUGGAACCCAUAUUCCAGAAUCCCACAGCACAUGAUGCAGGAAUUUCAUGUCUAUUACUCGCAAAAGAUAAUGAAAAUAAUACCUGGAUACUGACAGGGUCAUUUGACAAGAGUGUGAAGAUCUGGUCAGUGGAUGGGAAACCUGUACACAAGCUCGACAACUUCCUGUCCACAGUAUCUGGAAUCUGUUAUGUUCCUCGUAACAAGACAGUGUGGGUCGCAGGAGGAACGUCAUAUGCUAGUCUUUUUGAUCCAAAGUCUGGGGAUAAUGUUUCAGAUUUUAUUGGAACUUUCCAGCAGCAGGAAGAAGAAAAAUAUCACUUACAGAUCCUUAAAUAUUUUGGUGAAUUAAAUGAGGUUGUUGCUUCAACUAGUCGGCGCCACCUGGUGGUGUGGAAGUACAACUCGUCGGGUUGUAUUACAGCACUUAAGUGUCGCAGCUCUCUAGAAAGCCUUUGUUACACCAAGAAGGUUCCUAUCCUUCUGUUCAGUGGUGACAAUGAAGGUGUUAUCAUCAAAUGGGAACGUAUGCAAUCAAAUCACUUCAUGUACAGUAAAGAGAUGUAUCAACUGAGUGAUUCCAAGUUAAAAAAGCAACGUAAAGCAGGGAGUAAGGCACGGGAACUGAUGCUGGAACAGCAGCUAAGUCAGAGCCCGUCUCACGGCCAGAGACUGCCCGACCAGGAGACCAGCCGCAGCGGCAACCGUAGUGUACAGAGUCACUAUGCCUUCAACAAACCAAGCAUUCCACCUGUCUCCACACACAACCAUGCCAACACUACCAUCCUAAAGAUCAUGUUUGUAGAAAGUCUUGACUUCAUCAUCGCCGCAUCCGAGGACAGUAAUAUCUAUGUUUGGGGAUUUGAUGAUGAUGCCGUUAAGGCACUACAACACAUGAAGCCUCAGGACCUCCAGAAACUCAUCAGUAAAUACAGCAUCCUCCUCGACUCCGACUCAGACCUACUGCCACAGAACGCUAAACAAGGGGACAGUGACUCGGUAACAAAUCGUGUGGCAGGGUUUGUGUGUAAGCAUGUGUUUGCCGGCCACACAAGCUGUGUGACAAGUCUAGUGGUGAUCGGAAGGGACCAGGGCGCCAACUCAACUUAUGUGUUAAGUGCUGGCUGGGACAGAAGGAUUUGUCUGUGGGAUCUGGAGGCUGGAGACUUACUGGACACGUUCAGGAACACAGGUACCACUAACUUGGAGAACAUAGAGUUGGCUUGUGAUGGCGUCAUCAUGGAUAUGGACUACUCAGACAAAUAUAAUGAGUUUGCUUAUGCGUCAAGUGACAAGAUGGUUUACAUUAGGAAGUUUCAUACCAAUGGUGCCAAAAUGACUCUCGUCAACACUCUUCAGGGUCAUGAAGGCGAGAUAACUUGUGUGCGGUGGAAUCCACAUGGCAAAGGAUCGUGGGUAACGGGGUCAGAGGACAGCACAAUCAGGAUUUGGGCAGGACAUGGUCUAAAUGAGUGUGAGACCGUGUUAUCAGCCCAGGGCGGAGUCUGCUGUCUCUGUAUUGAUAUGCAGAAUGGAGCCAUUGUUGUGGGUGCUCAGAAAUACAUCAGGGUAUAUGAUCCAGAAAACUACCGACUGGUUCAGACCAACGAGGGUCACACAGACGCAAUCAGAAGUAUCAUACAUAUACCGGAACGUAACCAGUACGUGUCAUGUUCCUGGGAUAAAACUAUUCGUGUAUGGAACGGAUGGAAAAUGCCAAAACGAAAACGCCAAUCUAAGGAUGGCAAAAAUGCGAAGGGAGGGGAUCGUAAAACUUCGACUUCAGCUGUUAAAAAAGUAGGAUUUGUGGACCAGGAGGAGACAAGUGGGGAAAAAGGAGAUAUGGAGAAUAAGUCAAAGGAGGUAGACGAUAACACUGACAAUGAGGUGUUUACUGAUACGGAUGGGGAGUACCCAUCACCAGGGGAGGAAACGGAGUGACAGGGAUGUUAUAGAUCACAGACACGGAAACAGGUGUCAACACAAAGAUGAUUGGAAGGAUAUUAAUGAAAUUUAUAGCUCAAUGGUUUUGUAUACACUGGCACUGCGUAAAGUGAUUUUAAUGAUACAUUGUAAUAAGAGAUCUGUGUGUAAAAGCUGAAAUGUGUCAAAAGUAAUGAUUCAAAAAUCGAUUUUACACCAUGACGAAGAUUAAUGAUAUAGACUCAGUACAAUGGAUAUCUGUGCCUACAAAAUAAAAAGUUCUAUUUCAUUUCACAAAAAUAGGCUCUUAAUAACUCUGGUAUGUAAACAUUAACUGUUGUACAUGUAAGUAUACAUGUUCCAUCUCUAGGAUGUUACCAGAACCAACUCGAACUAUUCCACUUGGUAUAAUGAGUCAUGAUGUACAAGUUCUCUUCUGUUUUUCCUGCUGAUAUUUGUCAUACAAAUUGUGACGUAUAGAUUUUUCGAUAGGAAUCAAGAUCACUUAAAUGUUUGUAUGCAGGACAUGUUCUUGAUAUCAAGGAAAGCACCUGUUUUGUGGAGCACAUAAUGAACACAUGUGGUAUGAGAAACAAUCACUUGUUAACUUUGUUUAGAACAACAAAAACUGUGAUGGCUUUAGUUAAACUUAGUUGUUAUUGUGAUAGAGUGAUCCUUGUAUUUGAAUGAUGUGCAUUGUGCAAUGAUGUUAAUGUUUGUAGAGAGAGAGGGAGAAAGAAGUUUGUAGAGAGAGAGGGAGAAAGAAGUUUGAGAGAGAGAGAGAGAGAGGGAAUGGAGAUUGCGUAACAAGCAAGAGAAAAAUGAAUGCAUGAAGAUAUAUAUAUUUAAAAAUCAAUAUGUACAAAUAGUUCCUAUAUUUAUGUUAAGCAUUCCAUAAAUUUUUAAAACAUGGAGAACUUUAUACAUGCAAGUUUGAAAAUUUUACAUGUUUUGAAAUAACGAAUGUAGAAGGUUUUAACAAAUAUAUAUUAAAACUUUAAAUUAAAAAAAGAAUAAUGCAUCAAUACUUAUUUAAGUUGGCACCAGCCAAAAGUACCAUUUUUUGUUUUUAUUAAUCGCCAAAAAUAUAAAUAUGCAGAUUUGUUUAAAUUUAUUUUUACAUAUACUUCUUCAAGAUUGAAGAUUUGUUUGUAGCAUUUUACAUAUUUAUUAAACCGUCCCACGUGCUAUCAGGGCGUCUUGUCCUCUGACUACAGUGUUACCAUAUUACAGAUCAAUAUUCCAGAUUGAUUGUUGUCAUUGUUGUCAUUUGAUUCAUUCUACCAACAGAUGGCACAGUAUUGAGUCUCUGUUGAUUAUGUUGAAGCUUUUGUGCAAAAUAUUUGUAUUCCUUGUAAAUUACCAUUUCUUAAUGUAGAGGGAGAGUGAGCCAAAAAUAGUGUUAUCAUUUUGUUGAAUAACCUUUUUUAGAGGUGAAUCAGUGCUGUAUUGUAAUCGUAUAACUAAAAUGUCGCCUAGGUAUCUGAACUGUUGGUUAGAGAAAUAUACAACCACUCAAACAACAGGUGCUGUAUAAAAAACAUAGUAUUAUUGUAUACAUAAGUAUGGGACCUCCAUGUCGAUUUCUUUACAUGUAGCUCACUUGUACUUACAGAAAAUGUCUUUUUGUUUAAAUUUCUUGUUGAAACUUUUAUGCAUCACCAAAAUAGAAUUUCUACGAAUAUGUCUGGUCACUCACAAAUAGAUAUUGUACACCAGAGAACGUUACUGAAGACAUCAUAAU